UUUCUGUCCUGGAACCCCGCCGACUACGGGGGCAUGACAAGGUUCACCCUGCCAGCCUCGCGAGUGUGGACCCCCGACACGGUGGUGCGAGAGGCCGUAAGUGAGGACCGGCAGCAGAGCGCCCCCUACGUGUCUGUCAGCUUUUCCGGGGGGGUCCAGCUUGUAGAAUUGCUCCUGCUGGACCUGCGCUGUGACCUGAUCAUGUUCCUCUUCCCGUUCGACAAGCAGACCUGCAAUCUUACGCUGGGUUCCAACCUUCACACAGCCCAGGAGAUGGUGCUGCUUCUAGAAGAAUCCGCCCACUUCCGGCUCCCCACACUGAGCCUCCACGGGGAGUGGGAGCUGCUGUCAGUGCGAAGACACACCUUCGCUCAGGUGCAGGGGCGCCAGCCCUACUCCCGCAUCGCCUUCCAGGUGGAGCUGCAGCGCUACUCCCUGUUCUACGUGGUGAACCUGAUGGUGCCCAGCACCCUGGUGAUGAUUAUUGACCUGGCGGGCUUCUGCAUCCCCGUGGAGAGCGCCGAGCGCAUCCCCUUCAAGGUCACGCUGCUCUUCGGCUACACGGUCUUCCUGGUGCUCGUCACCGACCUGCUUCCGCCCUUCAGGGACACCACGCCCAUGCUGGGGCUCUACCUCGUGGUGUGCCUCGCCUUCCUGUCCCUCAGCAUGGGGGAGUCCGUGCUGCUCUUGGCCCUGGGUCAGCUGGACCUCCUGGAGCCGCUGCACCCCCUGCACAGCAUCGCCUCCGUGCUGUGUCCCCACGUCCUGCGUGAGCCCCGGCGACGCACCGCAACGGGGAAGCGGAGCGCGGCCCGAGGUCUCCAGCGCGCCUAUGGGCUCGUCCAACAGGGGGCAGAACCGAGCUGUGGACGCGGCUGCGUCCUCGAGGCCCUGGCCGAGGAGCUGAAGGAUGUGAGCGAGGAGCUUCAGACUCUCACAAACAGGGCGGAGAGUCGCCAGCAGGCCCUGCGGCUCAUGGAGGCGAUGGACCGACUGUGUUUCCGCGCGUACAUGAGCCUCUUCCUCGCCUUCGUCUUCGUCCUCACCCUAUGUUGGGCUCUCUACAGGUGACACACACCUACUCUGGGAUCCCUAAAGAUGACACACACCUGCACCUGUUUUAUUUGCACAACAGCACAACAUCACUGCAGGACAGUUUCAGUGUUUCACCUCCAGAACAUACCUGCCUCUAUGAACUCAU